AUGUCAUCAACCAAGAAAAAGAUCUUGUUCCUCUGUAACAAAGACUAUGGCCAAGCCAAUGUCAUUCUUUCAGCUACCUACGCAUUGAUGAAGAUCAAUCCCGACGUCGAAGUACACAUCGGCUCACAAGCAGGCUUCGAUUCUCAGCUCCGCCGCUUCGUCGACCAAUGCAACAAGAUAGAGGGAGCUCCAGCUGGGAACGCCGUUAAGCUACAUCCACUCAUCGGCCUCUCUCACUUCGAGGCCGUGGAUAGACCGGACAAUCCAGCCUUGGCUACUUGGCUUACAAAGCCAGGUCUUGUCAAUACAUCCCGCAACAUGCUCACUCUUGCCGGGCUCGCACUUCCAUGGAGCCCAGAGGAAUUCUUCGUGACUUAUCAAGCUGUCGAGGAAGUUUUCGAGGAGGUGAAGCCGGACGUGACUGUAGUGGAGUCAUUCUUCGCGCCGGCUACAACCUUUGCCAACCAAGCGAACAUCAAUUGGAUUUGUUUAGCCCCAAAUACCAUCAAAGAAUUCGCAUUGCCAAUGCAACCUAAGCUUGCCAUGCUGUGGAAGUAUCCCAUUCUGCCAUUUCCGAUCCCACUCCAUUUGGUCCCACUCAACGUUUUCUUCAACCUCGUUGCCGGGUACGGACUCUUUACCGAUUCGAGAUAUAAGCGUGUCUCGGCAUACCUCGCCAAACACGCUGGACCCGGCGUCGAGAUCAUCACCUGGAACGAGCUUGGCCUUCUGAAAGCACCGCCCAAAGGCCUUCGGAUCCUCGUCGCCAACAGUCCCGACAUUGAUUUCCCCUUCGAGACGAUCCCCGAGUCCAUCACCCCAUGUGGUCCCAUCACUCGCGCUGCCCCCAAAAUUGAAAUCGAAGACCCUGAACUUGCUGAGUGGCUGAGUCGAGGGCCAACAGUCUUCAUCAGCCUCGGCACGCAUCAUUUCUACGAUCUUCCGAAGGCGACCGAAUUCGCGCAUGCGAUUCGAAAUCUUCUCGAUCGAGCGGAAGAACACAAAAAUGAUUCUGGAGAUGAAGCUAGGCUCCAAGUCCUUUGGAAGAUGCCGCGCAAGUUGAACGAGAAUGAGAACGCGACGGAAUGCUCUGGACCAUGGCUCGAAGUCAAGGCAAUCAUGAGUCCGUUCAUCAAACAGGAUAGAGUCAAGAUCACGGACUGGUUUACUGCCGAACCGAAGUCUAUCCUAGAGUCUGGCCAUCUGGUGUGCUGUGUCAGUCAUGGCGGCUCCAACUCAUUCCAUGAGGCUUUGUGUACUGGUAUACCACAAGUCCUUCUGCCAGGCUGGGGCGACUGCUAUGACUUCGCUAUUCGGGCAGAGAUCUUGGGCAUUGGGAAGUGGGCCAACAGGAAGGCUAAGCCUUACUGGGAGCGAGAAGAACUUUCCGAAAAGCUGAUUGAAGUCGUGCUUGGCCCCCAAGCGCAAGCAAUGCAAGAACAGGCUCGAGCACUAGCCAAGCAGCAUCCGGAGGGCGCUGGUCGAGAGAAGGCUGCAAGAGAGAUUCUGGAUCUGCUAGUUAAGGUUGAGGAGAAGGUCUGA